CCAGCGAGUGUUCAAUUCCCAUUUCAGUUUCAGUUUUGUUUGGUUAGGCCAAGGUGCUGCAGCAGCUGUCGCGAUGAGGCAUGCUCCUGUCAAAGCCGCAACGUUUAGGCAACAACAAUAGCAGCAAUAAUUGCACACUUCUGCCUUAUUUUUGGGCAGCAAACAAAGGAACACCGAGGGAAAGAGCCGCAGAAUGUCCCAUUUGCUGAGGCGCACCAAAAAGUCCUGUCUGAAGUUGCUGCGCAGGAUAUCAACUUCAAGGCAACUCUUUGUCCAGCGUCUGGACGAAGAGGAUGGCGACGAGGAUCAGGAGAUUGAGCCGGCCGAGGGGGAGGCGUAUCAGCAAAAGGAUGUGAACAGCAAUUGCCACACGGCAGAGGCCAUCUACGAGGAGCUGCAGCUGAAUGAGUGCAGUCCCAAGCCUGACCAACGCCAACCUCAACCACAACCACAAACCGUCCAACACUUUGAGUAUGCCAGCGAGGCAGAGGAGGAGAUGGAGAAGCAGCCACACCUGCACUAUCCGGAGGCUAAGCUCGACCUGAGGAGUAGGUACUUGCUUAGCUCGAGCAACUACGAGGUGCUCGAGUCCACCCCCGCCCCAGGCUCCGGCAUCGAGUUUGAGCGCGUGCCCUACAAGGCCAACGUGCGCUAUCUGCGCCACACCCCGUCCAACUCCAGCCUGGAUCUGCGCCAGGCGGAGGAGUCACAGAAGCAGCAGUCGCAGCCAAAAAAGAAGACGCAGCAGCUGCAACAGAUGCAGACUGCAGCCAGAUUCCAUCCGUGCAGCAUCAGCCUGGGGUCGAAGAUCGAGGGCAACUACCACAACGUGAUGAUCAUGGAGCCGCCGCACGACGACUACCCCAUCGUCAAGUGGGACAUCAAUGGCAACUCAAUGGACGACGAGAGCCUCGAUCGUUGGCAGCUGUCCACCCACUGGGAUGACUUUGACAGUCGGUGGCGUAGGGCGGCGACCGGUCACUCCCACAACCGAUCCCAGUCGCAGUCGCAGAGGUCGAGCCACCAGUCGAGCUCCUGCACCCUGGAGACGUGGAUCGAUGAGGCAGAGCCGCAUAGCCUGGGGCCCUUCGUCGACGAGCAGCAGAAGACCCCACAACCGACAGGAACACACAGUAAUCUUUGCCUUAAGAGCUUCUAAAUUCGGAAUUCGGUGGCCUUUGACUUUGAACACCGCCCGAAUUAAUAUAGAUGUAACCAGAUAUGUGAGAAAUACUUACCCCGCUACUUAUGUAGAUACAUGUGAACGUGUACGAGUAUUGUACUAUAUGGUAGACCGCAAUUUUCAUUAUAGAAAGUUGUUGCUAGAAAUCCAUUAAAAUAAAGGGUUUGCGACGCUCCUUUGGCUCCAUACCUUGAAUGCACUUCAA